GUGACAGUUGGUAUUAAAACCGCGCCCGCCCUCCUCGAUCAAUUGGAUCAUGCACGCCCUUCGAUCUUCCGAGCGCACUGAUCUAUAAAGACCUUGCGGCAUGGAAUUGAACCUUUCAUCUUCGUUUCAUUCACUGCACCUAAUAGCUUCAAAUCUUAAACCUUGGCCGGCCGGAUCGGAAUGGGUUCCCAUGAGAAAGGAAACGCCUCCGCUCAACAGACCGCCACCAAGGAUGAAGAAAAGCAGAAGCUGACUGCCGGAGACGUCGCAUUAGGCGUUGCUGCUGUAGCCGGCGUCGCUCUGUUUUCAUGGAUCGGUUAUAAGCUCUUCGGAGGUCCGGAAAGCAGCAGAGAAACCAUGGUCGCUCCGGGUCGGCGGCCCAAUCGUAUGUUUCGGGAUGAGUUUGAGAGAGACCCCUCCUCCUAUUUCCGCAAUCUCCGUAACAGCAAGUUAGUAGCUACCUACUUGAUUGAUUUGCAUUAUAUUUGGGAUGUUACAAUUUACUUCUGUUCUAGUUAGCUAGCUCUGUUAUUAGUGUUUUGGGAUCGGAAUGGUCUAGGGCGAUUAUUGCAUUGUCUGGGAAGAAGUAAUUGAAUUGCUUGUUGUUGUUUUGAAUGUUGCUUGCUGGCUGGAUUGAACUUGUAUUCUUUCCGUUUGUUAUCCUCCCUUCACCGGUAGCUCAUGAUUGUGAAUUUGUCAGAGUUUUCAUUUUUAGUACACCGAUUAUAAGACCAUCUCCCAUGUUCUAGGAUUUGCUUGCAAUUUUUUAAAAUACUUAAUCUAGGAGUUUACUAUUGGAGUUUUUUGUCACAUUGAAAAUGUAAAAAAUGGAUUUUUUUUUUACCUUUUACUCAUUAUUUUGUUGCAUUGAAA